CAUAGCCACGGACGGUUGACGAUGGCGCGUUGAGAUUUGCGCAAAACAGAUAGGAGAUCAUAUUUUAGCAGAUAAGCUGCGCGGGUUAGAAGCUCGAAUACGUAGAAGUCAACACGGAUACGGUUGGACCCCAGGCAGGAGAGCUGAGGGUGCGUGUAGGGAUGUGAGACCGACUUACUGUAGCAGAUAUUUUAGUCUACAGUGCCUUCUUCUUCCUUUUUAUCCGUCGAAGUGCAAUUUCCUGUAGCAAUUCGCUUGCGGCGAGGAGGUGGGCGGGGAGGGAUCAGCUGAUAGCGGGAGGAUUCGAGGGUGCAGAAGAAUGUUUGAUCUUCCAUAUGAAGCACGUUGUGAUUUAACUGUCGCAGCCGCGAUUCGCAAUCGAUUCGGCGAGGAUGCAGGCGUUAUCCAUCCGUCAGAGGGGUCGCGGACAGCAGAGUAUCCUGCUCAACAAAGAAAUAGGCAGGAGGAGCAAUGGAAUCUCACUAGUUUGCCUUCGGUUGAGGGGGAGGAAGUUGCCGUGAGAUCCGAUUCCUCUCAAUCUAAUGCAACAGAUAUUAAUCGGGGGAGCUGUGGAGCUUCAGUUGGUUGCGACACCACCGCGGCCAAUCCAAUCAAACUUCCGGUUAGAAGUAGACGGAAUGCAGCUAGGGAUGGCCCAAGCGCACGUGUAGCUUACAGUGAAGAGAGUGCUCUUACAGCAGCGCUUAAACGAGGAUGCAAGGCUGAUGGUACCGCUAUAUUUUAUCCUUAUGAAGGAACAACUUUUAAUAGUUGUGAAGAAGCUAGAGAAUUCUACAAUCUUUACUCUUGGGAAAUUGGAUUUGGGAUACGUUACGGCAGGAGUAACAAGAAUAGGAAUGGGUAUACAACAAGGCAGGAUAUCGUUUGUUCAUGCGAGGGUUUUGAUAGACAAAGCAAUGCUGCAUCAGUUCGGACUGGUUGCAAGGCAAUGAUAAGGUUGUUACGCACCAGCGAUCAUGGAUGGUAUGUUAGCAGAAUUUGUGAUGUGCACAAUCACAAAUUGUCCGAAGGUUAUGUGGAAAAAAAACAGUGGAACUCUCAUAAUAGCAUUGAUCAUAGUAUGAAGCAUUAUAUCAAGAAACUCAGGGAGAAUAAUGUAAGCAUUGGUAGGGUGUGUAGCAUAUUGAAUUCAUCCAAUUCAAAUCCAUCUCAGAAUUUACGGAAGGAGACAAUUAGAGCCUUGUGCGCGAAAUUAUCUCGCGAAAAUAUGAAUGAUGAUAUUGGUAAAACGUUGAAAGUACUUGAUGAUAUGAAAUCAAGGGACCCUCACAUGUCUGUUAGGUUCAAGCUAGAUGAUGGUGGUACUGUAAGGUCGAUGCUUUGGUGUACUGGGAAAAACAAGGAUGAUUAUAAGUACUUUGGUGAUGCUAUUACAUUUGACACGACAUACAGGACUAACUUAUACAGCCUGCCUUUUGGGUUGUUUGUUGGUGUCAAUAAUCACUUUCAAUCCAUCAUAUUUGGAGGUGUAUUGCUUACAAAUGAGACAUCAGAGGAUUUUGAGUGGGCUUUCUCAAACUUCAUUGAAUUGAUGGGUAAUGUUCAUCCAAAGACAAUGUUAACAGAUCAAUGUGCUGCUAUGGCCAAAGCUAUCAGGGUGGUUUUGCCCAACACUAGGCAUAGGUGGUGCAGAUGGCAUGUAUUGAAAAGUGCAAAGAAGAAACUAGGGAAGGUGUGUUCGAAAAGUAAGAAAUUCAAGAGGGAGUUCUAUGAUAUUAUCACUAAUGAGACUGAUAAGGAUAAGUUUGAGGCUCGUUGGCAUCUUCUAGUUAAAAAUCAUAAGCUUUCCAAAAGCAGGUAUAUGAAAAGGCUCUUUAAGCAUAAGGAAAAGUGGGCAAAACCGUAUUUUAUGGGUGUUUUUUGCGCUGGGAUGACGAGUACGCAAAGAAGUGAAAGUGCUAACCAUAUGAUUAAGCAGUAUAUUCAAAAAGCAGCUCCAAUGCACUUGUUUGUUAGCAAGUUUAAUGAGUUUUUAGUUGAUCGCACCUUCCAGGAAGGCCGAGAGCAACAUGCAUCAAAGAUGGUAAGCAGGAAGCUUAGGGUUGGUGUACCUAUUGAGGAGCAUGCGGAGUCUGUGUACACAAGAGCGAUGUUUGAGAAAUUUUAUGAUGAGUUGUUUGAGUCAGGUAGGUACUUCAUUGAAUCAGUUCAUGAAGACGGGUCCUAUUUUGUUGCUCUGUCGAGGAGACCUAUAGAUGAGGUAGAAAAGAAGUUUCAUGUAUCAUUGGAUGGAGAUCAAUCAAUAAAAUGCAGCUGUGGGCUAUAUGAGCAUCUUGGUAUGCUGUGUCGUCAUUCUCUUAAGGUGUUGGUUCACUUGAACAAGCAUGAGAUACCCAGUGGCAAUAUACUUAAGCGAUGGACAAAGGAGGCAGUGGAUAGGAAUCUUACACAGAUGGCUUCCAUCUUGCCAGAUGACAGUGACGAGGUUAGGAAAAAGGCUUUGUUGUUCCAGACACUUCAGAUUGUCAAUGGAGCAGAUGCCAUUGGUGAAGAGAGGUUUAGGGCGGCCAUGGAUAUUCUGGCGGGGAAGAAUCUGGUUGUUGAGCAUGAACAUCAAAAUAGUAAUGUUGCAAGUCUAGAUGGCUGUGAGAAAACUGAAAGGCCUACAGCUUGCCCUGAGAAAACUUUGAAGGGAGGUCGUCCGCCUAGUUCUGGUCUACAAGCAUGGUUAAAGUCGGCUCGCAAGUCUAAGAACGGUGGUGCUGAUUCACGUGAUCCAUUAACGAAAGACUGGCCCGCCGAGGAAAAUCCUCCGAAUAAGAAGAUCAAGCUACUUCGUGAUCUAGUUUGAAUUUUGUGCUUUUGAUAAUUUUAUUGGUAGCACGAGGUGCGAUUGGAAUGAUUUGUAAUGGAACCAUACUGGACAUUCAUGUGAUUUAGCAAACAUAGAUAUGUAUGGAUUGUUAACUAAGCUAUGACCAUCUAUAGUCCCAGCAGCGUGAACUUCCAGCUAGAUUGAUAUAUUGCUUCAAAAACAUAUUAAGAAACAAAUUAAGAAAAAAAUAAAUAAAUAAUACAUGAAAAGUAGAUGUAGUCUUUAGAUUUAGCAUUUUCGCUGACACCCCACGGGAUUUAGCAUUUUCGCUGACACCCCACGGACUGUGUCAUGAUAUUACUGCCUCAGAAUAUGUCUUUUGACAAUAGGAUCUCCUCCAGAUUGUGAUGUGUCUACGCAUAUGUAUAGGAAAUAAGCAUCUCUUAGUAAUCGAGCGGGGGUAACAUAUACAUGUAAUGACACUUAUGGCAUCGUUACAUCCCCACCUAAAUAUUUUUUUUGUAGAUGCUGAAUAUAGCAGCAGUGCAGCGAUGAAAGCCUUUUCCUCUGAUUCUGUCAAUAUGUCUGCAUUGUGCAAUGAGAGAAGUACUGAUUUUGCUCUUGUCAAGGAUAAAGAGACUUUCUGGAACCCAGAU